UUAAAAAGAGGGGAAUCGAGAAAUAAAUAGGAAGCUACGAAGAGAAGCCUAACAGUGACUUAGCCAUUCGAAGUCAGCGACUCAGAGCGGAAAAUGCAACACUCGCAGCUCUGCCGUCUAAUCGACGAGUCUCUCCGUCCCUUCACAGAUCAAUUCGCUUUUUGCUUAACCAAAGAGACCGAGAAGGACCUCCUAAUCGUUCUCUCUCAGUUGUUGAGGCAAAUUCAGUUGUGGACACAUGAAUUUGAUAGCGAUUCCGACAAUGGCAUGGUGGUGAAAGUACCUGUUUGCAACAACAAAUGUUCGGUUGGCUCACAUUGUGAUGAUCAUAACUGCUUAACUAAGAUCAUUGGUGACUUGAUACUUCUGCUACUAAUUGAGAGUCAAUAUGUUCAACAUUUGGCAGGCAACAUUCUUGUGGCCAUCUCUAAUUACAUUGUUGCAUCUGGAGGCAAUUGGGAUGAAUUUAUGCAAUCAUUGUGUGUCUGCUUGGAGUUGUUGAUAUCUAAUGCUCUUUUGCAUUCUUUGGUGCGGGCAUCUACAAAAGCCCUGGUUUCAAAGCAUGAUUCAUCAGGUGUCAUUAUUGCCUUGAAAUCAAAACUGAAAAAUGCAAAUUGGUCUUCAGUGGCUUGCAUUAUUCGAGUUUUACGCAAUAUAUUGAAACGUUUAAAGCAAGACAUUGAUGAUCAGCUUCUCAAAGUGUACUUGAAUUCUAUAAGUUAUUGUCUUGCAAGUGUGCCUUGGGAUUCAAUGGAUGAGGUCCAUGUUGGUCAGAAUGGUGAUGCUGUUAGAAAAUUCAGUGAGGAUGCUUUUCGCACUAAAGCUGUGGAACUAGAGUCCAGAAUUGUGUUUCGUGGAACUCUUGUUCAGCUUUUCUGUUCCUUGCUUAAUCAAAGUGGUUGGAUGGAAGCUGCUGGUGGAGCUUUAAAUAAGCAUCCGGUUAUUUGUGAAAUCAGUAACCUCAUUCCUAGACUUUUAGCCUGGUGCCUUUGUGAUGGGGAUUCAAACAACAUGUGCAUGUCUGUGUACUUUAGACACAAGAUGUUGAUGCUAAUGGUCAGGCUUAGCUUCCAGAUCCAUUUGGAAUAUUCUCUUCUUGUUUCAUGGUUGCAACUUAUGCACGAGUACUUUGAAGAUCUUUUGAUGCAACCAAUGACUCAGCUGGAGUCAGAUCAGGACAUUCUAGAAGGCUCCCCAUUUUUAGUGGGUGUUUCUGAUGCCAGAAUACAUAAUAUGACUUCCAGACAUUUACAAAGGCUUGCUGUUUUCCUUUUCCUGAGGUGUUCCUUUAGUUUGGUUGGCUUGAGAGAUAAAACAGCUGACCAGUGUGGCUGUGCAAAUCUGAAGAGUUGCUUGAAAUCUGACUCAAGUUCUGACCUUGAGUGUUACAGUAGAAAAAAAGGUUUAUCAGAGCUUUAUGGGUGGCUUCAAGGGCAUCUUCCAGCUGAAAUGUUCAUAGGCUGCAAAUUCUAUUCUGAAAGAUGCACCAGCUUUUCCUUAUCCUUCCUCAGGCUAUUUAUCCAUGAGGACGAUAUCCUAUUUGAAGUGCUUUUGCAACUAUUUCACAUGUCCUUUGGUGCCGAGCAACAGGUCUGCCAAGACAGAUGUGAUGAUAUGCUUUUUCAUGUUUCAAACCUUUUCAACCCCAUACACCUAUUCCAUCUUUUUCUUGCAGAGCUACACUAUGAUCAUCAGGUGCUUCUUGAUUACCUAAUUUCAAAAGAUACAGGAGCCAAAGCUGCUGAAUAUCUGUUGAGGUCCUUGCGUGUUGUGUGUUACUCGUGGAGCGUAUUUGUGGAAUUUUCAGCAGAAGGGAAAGUUACAAAUGUGAGAGAUAUACAUAAAUCAUAUGGCAAGAAAAGAAAAGUUCUUGUUGAUGAUUCACUUAUUGAGGGACAUCUAACCUCUUCAUCAAUGAAAAGCAAGGGGAUUCCUCUGUCACUUGGAAAGCAAUGUCAGAAAGACCUUAUGCAUGGCAGCAAGCAUUGUAGAACUACUAGGUUACCAUUUGAGAAUGCCAAGGAUUGUUUGCUGUCACUGAAAAAGUCUCUGCAGAAUCUCCAUAAGAAAAGUUUGUUUCCAUAUAAUCCACAGGUUCUUUUGCAACGGAGGAGAUGGAGAAGAAAGAGGGGCACUUUGUCCUUGUUCACGAGAUUGCAGUCAUUCCUGAGAUUGGCAGGUCACAAGGUUACAGAGUUGGACCUCACUUUCUUUGCUUAUCGCACCAAGUGGCCGGACAAGUCCCCUCAUUCUUGGAUACUUUACGGUGUUGAUGGAGUUCAUGGGGUCUCUCCCAGUGAUGAUAAGAUGAUUCUGGUAGGCCUGAACAUAGUAAUAUCACAUCUGUUGCUGUGGAGUGGUUCCCUCCCACAGAGAAGUGCUGUUGUUUGUCACUGCUCUUAUGCUGGGUUCUAACCUAAAAACUAUCACUUUAAAGAAAGAGGUAUUUGGUUAAAAAAUUAAAACAAGUCUCUUAGAAUGAACCAAUACAAACAGGGCCCUUCUUCUGUGUUGCAAGGAGCUGCAGCUGAUCUAUUUCUACCACAAAACUAAUGUUUGAUGAGCAUGGCUCUUUACAUGGUGUGCAUAGUCAAAGGUACUCGAACACAUUUAGCUGACUAAAGCUUCACAAAAAUUCAGGCAUGAAUGCUAUCAGGAGGGCAGCUACUUAGAUCUUCUCCGGGUACUUUUCCAUGGCAAGAGCUUAGCUCAAGCCACCGGCAGCUGUGCCCUGCCUGUACAGGAAUAACCUUUUUCAUUUGGAGGAAUUGAUGCCAUGAUCUCCAUCAAUGGUGUAGAAUACUCAUUAAGUGUAUGGACAUCAUUUAGUGGCUUCAUGUUGACUUCAAAAACUGGAAGGUGAAGCGUGGUGACCCUACGACUGAAGAACUUUGAUUCUUGGUUUCAGCUUGAACGAGAUGGUAGCACCGUGAUGGUAGCCUAAUUUUGAAAAUCAGCCCAAAAGCCUACACUGUAGCAACUUUUUCUUGAUUUUUCAAAAAAAAAAAAAAAA